AUGCCAUAUUCAAUUGUCCAUUUUUUUGGUGACAACUCGAUUGAAACUGUCCCUGAGCAUUGGAUAGACAAAAAAAAUGGCACUUGUGCUUGGCCUAACAAAAGUAAAACCGCUUCACGGCUUAUUGAAAAAAAAUGUAUGCCUAACCAGAUUGAAUAUACAUAUUUAAGAUGCAGAGAAUUAUGUAAAGGAAUUGAUUCAUUAGUUGAAGCUAAAACUAAAUCUAAAAAAGCUUUGUACAUGUCUGAUUUAUCGUCUACAGAAGAAACAGUUUCAGCUAACGAACGCCAUAAAGAAAUUAUAAUAUCUUCUCCUACUUUGUCUACAAAUUCAUGCCCAUUGUUUUCAGAUUCUGAUAAUGAUCUAGCAUCUAAAAAAUCUAGCACUAAACCUAAGUUUAGUACAACUAUGAUUGGCUCUGAUAAUAAUGAACAUUUUAGUAGUUGUUCUCCAUUGCCAAAAUUAUUAAAUGAUUAUCCUCAUGAAGCCAUUAUUGAUGAUUCUGAAUAUAAACAGAGGUAUAAUAAGGAACCUAACUAUUCACCACCUGUCACAAGUGAAUCACUUAAAACCAUUGAUUAUAACAAAACUAAAAAGCAAAACGGUUGGUCGCCAUUAAAAUUGAGUAGUCCAGAUAAAAAUGUUAAAGAUAAUAAUAAAAAGCCCCAUUUAAAAAAACAGUGGUCAUCCAAAGAUACACCUUCUACAUCAACUUUUAAAUCAUAUAGUGGAAGAGAGUACAGUCACAGUGAACCUUUCCUGUCAAAAAGAAACGUUAAAUAUUCAGGUAAUAGUGAGCCAAUAUUUAAAAGAAAACCAUCAUCCACAUAUACACCAACCGCAAAUUUGGAUUCAUUAAGUAGUAAAAAACAACUUGGUCCAUAUUCAAAAAUUAAUGACAACAAAAAUUCUGUAGUGCGAGAAUUAUUUUCUAGCUCCAAUAAGCCUGAGGAUGAUGAACCAUCUUUCUCACAUACUAACUGUUUCGGUAAAAAGAAAAGUUAUCAUGUAAAACAGGAUGAUGGUCCAACCGGUGGCGUCAUAGCUGAAGUUACACCUCAACGCUAUUCAAAUGAUUUUCAAAAGCAGGUAUUACGUAUGCUUACAUACUUGACAAGUGAAGUACGAUAUUUGGAAUCUGGACAAUCAGAAAUACUUAGAAAAAUCGAAAAUGCAGCAUCUGACAACAACUUCAGUAAUUCAGAAACAUUAUCAGAAAGUCUAUUCAAAGACCUUACAGAUUGUCCAUUACCAAUUGACAAUAUAUUCGAUCUUAACAAACUUGAAGAUAAAUUAUCGGAAGAUAAAUGUUUUCGUAACAAAUUGGUUAAUGAAUUAUCUUGCACAGGAGGAAAAAAUUUAAAAUUAAUGGUAAAAAGAAUUAUGAAUAAAUUAUUUACUGAUAAACUUAUGUCCCAAUAUUCGUUUACUGGGAAAAAAGGGAAAAACAAAUUCAACAGUUUGUUUGUUUGUGCUGUUAUUUUUGAUUCUAUUAAAAAAAGCAACAAAUCUUGCAAAACUGCAUCGGUUGAUGAAAUUGAGGAAAGAAUAAAAUAUAAUUUGGCACAAGCACCAUUCAAUAAAAAAAAUGUUUCACAAAAUUAA